CCAAAACCCACCACCAAAACCCACCACCACCAACAACACGACACGAACAACAACCAUGGAGGAGGAGGACGGGUACCGGUCGUCGGAGGACGAGGACUACGUGCCGCAGGACGAAGAGAGCAAGGCACAGAAGCAGAAGAAGAGCAGCAAGAAGCAAACAGAGUCUGGGACCUUUGUGUCGCGACGACAGGCUGCACGGGCGAGUGGCGGCGGCCAUGACGCAGCAAGCGGCAAAGACACAGCCGCUCCUGAGAAGACGAGCGACGACCUUGAUGACCUCUUUCUUCGCGAGCUUGGCGAGCAUCCUUCCACCAGCCGCAAGACUUCAGCACAGCCAGCGUCAACAGCAGCAACAGCACCCAGCAAGAGCACCACCAGCAGCAGCAACGUUGCUGUAGGCAGUGCUGGCGGGUUCAGCCUUGCGAGCCUGCAGCGGCCAGCAGCCACAAAGAAGAAGGGUGUGGUUCCCUUUCGUUUGCCACCAGAGUCGAGUGGCCCGCCGAAGGCGAAGCAAGCCAAGACCACAAAGGCGAGCGCCGACAGCAGCUCCAAGACAGUGACCAUCACCAAGCAGGUGGACUUUGCCGGCGAAACCAUCUCUGUUAAGCACGAGGUGAAGGCUGGAUCUGUCGCCCAGCGUGUGCACAACGCCCAGGAGGCAUCAAAGGGCGCUGCCUUGGACAGCAUCAUGGGUCUCAUUGACAAGAAGCAGUCCAUCAGUACGCUGACCAAGUCCAAGAUGGACUGGGAGCAGUUUAAAGGUCAGAACCCAGCCGCCGCUGAAGUGGAAAAGAAGUCAAGCUAUCUUGAUGACGUGGAGUUUCUGGAGCGGGUGGACCAUCGCCAACAUGAGCAGGAGCUGGACGCAAAGACAAAGCGGCGGUGACACCCACGCACGUAUUCGUAUGUGUUUGUAUGUAUGUAUGUAUGUGUGUGUGUUUGUGUGUGUGUGUGUGUGUGUGUGUUUGAGUGCGUGUGUGUGUUUGUGUGUGUGUCUUUGAGUGUGUGUGUGUCUGUCAGCAUCUAUUGUUACGUACAUGUUUGUGCAAUGUGUGUGUGCACGUUCUGUACGUUGUGCGUUUUGUAUGAGCUGGCAUUCUUCCAGCCCGCAGCCUUUAGCGUGUUUUCUUAUGGAGUUAGGGGUCUUGUCCAUAGCCGCCAUAGUAGCUGGCGUCGUACAUAAUAUGAAGGCACAACCUCAAGCGGGAUGUUUGAAGAGAGAGAAGGCGCAGUCAACAAACAACGCAGGAACCCAAGGUUCCUGCAGUCGCAAUCUAUGUUUCGCACGGGAACCA